AUGCAGACUGCUUCUACAAGUAUUUGUAAAGGACUGUGUAAUACGUUCAUCCAUGAAAUUUCCUUGCUACUAAAUAUUCAACUGCUAGUGGUAUUAUAACAAAGUGGAAGCAACUGGGAACAACAGAAACUCAGUCACGAAAUGGUAGGCCACGUAAAAUGACAGAGCGGGGACAGUGCAUGCUGAAGCACACAGUGUGCAGAAGUCGCCAACUGUCUGCAGAGUCAAUAGCUAAAGACCUCCAAACUUUGUGUGGCCUUCAGAUUAGCACAACAAACGUGCAUGGUGAGCUUCAUGGAAUGGGUUUCCAUGACCAAGCAGCUGCAUCCAAG